AGUGAGGUGUCACGCGCGCACUUAAGCUAACGCGCGCCUUACGUUAACAAAAAAGUAUUUUUCUCUUAUAAGUAUUUAGGCACUUUUAAUAUUUAUUUUUUAAGAUUUUGUUCAAGUAUGGCCACUCAAAAAGCCAAAAGGUACUGCAUAGCAUACGGGUGCUUAAGUAACAAUAGGAAUGUCGACUUUUCAUUCUUUACUGUUCCUAAGGAUAUCGAAAGAUGUCAAGAAUGGUUAGCAUUACUAGACAGAGAAGAUUUAUUAUCCAAACCUAAUUUCAACCCUUCCAACUACUAUGUUUGUUCGGUGCAUUUUAAUGACUCUUCCUUCAAAAAAUGUGGCCUUAAAAGUGGUUCAUUGCCAGUUAAAAUUUCCCCUAAUAAAUCUCAAGAAGACCCAUUUUACACAGAUGCACAACUGAAAAGACCUACAACUGCAAGUCAGACGUCUCAGACGGAACCUUUACAACAGUCAGAAAAAGAAACACAGACAUCCAAAUACUUGACAGCUCAAACUCCACUGGCGCACCACCACAACACAAGUAUAACGCCGUUUUUAUGUUAUCCACUUUCUUAUCUAUCUCAUCUCAUACCUAUUUCAUCUUUAUCAUUUUGAAAAAAAAUUGGUAUAUACAAUAUAACAAAUAUUUUAGAGAUGUUAUUACAAAGUGAUGCGUCAAAAUCCUUACAAUAAAUUAGUAUUGUUUUUUCAAAACAUGCGUUAGCUCCUAUACUAUUAUAAUAUUAUAAGCCUUUAUAACCUACGAUUCUGGGCACGUACCAUAUCUAUACCAAAUUAUAUACCUAUACAAUCUAAAACUGUUGUCAAUUUUAAUUAAAAAUAACGUAACAUCAUCAUCAUUACCAUCAGCCUAAAUAUUGGCUUACUGCUGGGACACAGGGCUCCGCUUAUACGGAGGGGGUUUGAGCAGUAGUUCACCACGCGUCCCAAUGCGGAUUGGUGGAUGGAGUACUAGAUAAUCACUACUUCUUUAGAUUCCCUUAAUCGCCUUUUACGACACCCACUGGCAGACAUGGGGUGAUGGUAUCUACUCUACCGGCAUCACACAGCAUGUAAUAGGAAUAAAGUAUAAGCAGGUAGUACUUACUUAUCUUCACGCACAAUCCCUGACGGGGUAGCCAGAGAGAACAGAUCGCCAAGUGUCACGAUCCUUACAUACCUCUUUCCCUUCUUUCAGAUUCAUUAUCUUCUUCAUACAUACACGUCUAGGUAUCCGAGUACUCUUGACCCUCCCCUCUUCGAGCAAUUUGCUCACAUGGUCUUCGAAAGUUAGUCUCGGUCUACCUCGACACCUUUUAGCAGGUAGCAGGUAGUAGUAGUAGGUAAUACCUUUAACCUGCCUCACAUUUAACAAUAAUGUUCUUAUUAUCAGCAAAUUACUAAUACAUUGCAUAACACCUCGGUGUACUACUACAAACUUAUAUCAAAGGAUUCAAUUUGUUUUCUCACAACUCCUAACCCACAGUAAGCGCGGCCUUAACAAAGGCACGUAACAGGCUAAGUGAUACAGACUCUCGCACGCGGCUAUAAGGUGCAUUCUGAUUUAAUACGCGCGCGGCAACAAUCGGUAGGCUAUUUUAACCGAAGGUCGCAUCAGAGGCGUGCAAAGUAUUAUGAAUAUUAGCGACGAUUAAACUCGCAAGUUUGCUAUCAGAGAGUGAUCCUUGUGUACCUGUACUAGGUACUUUUCUGUGGUUUUAGCGAGACUAACGGACAGCAAUUGAUAAUGGCUUCAAAAAAGGAGGAGGUACUCAAUUCGACUGUAUAUUUUUGUGUGUUACCAGAACUUUUUUCUAGGUGAACCGAUUUUGAUGAUUCUUUUCUUAUUUGAAAGCUGGUGCUUUUCAUGUGGGACCACAUAAAGAUCAAGAUUUAAUCAGUCGUUUUUGAGUUAUCCUUAAUAAUGUGUAUUUAAUUAACUUCGACUAUAUUGAUGAAGUUCUCAUUUCUUUCUUUUGUUCAGUCUUUACCUAUGAAAUUGCCGUUUUUCAUGAAAUACGUUAACGUAAUUUUUUUUCUUUUUCUAUUGAUCAAAGUAAUCGCCCAUGAAAUCGAUGAAUCUUUGCUAACGCAGUGGCAGUUUAUUUAUGUCCUGCUUAAAGAAAACAGAUGGCCGGAAGGCAACAAAUUCUUCAAAUGCAAAUUGUACUGCCUCUCGGGUUAUUGAAUUUUUUUCCCGCCAAACAGUUAUCCAAAAUUUGGAAAAAGUAUAAGUCUGUAGGCCAGGGGUUCUUAAACGUUUAAGGUAAUGGAACACUCACCAAAUUCAUUUUAUUUUAUGAAACCCCAAACCUAAUGAUUAUAAAUCAAAGACAGUUUUAAUAUAAUAUAAAAUUUAAAUAAAAACAAGAACUUAAAAUAUUUUAAAAGUGAAAUAAGGAAAAAUACUGUUUUGUCUGUUUUGUUAAUAAUUGCUUUAUAGUUCGGGUCGGUUAGCAUCCAAUCUAGACCUGAUAUUUGUUUUCUGUAUAAGUAAAGCUGAAAAACCUGUUUCAUUGUCCUAACACCAACUCAAAACUCACGACCGCGGGUGGGAGCGGGCGAUGCAACCAGUAAACCACGCAACCGCGCCGCGGCAAAGUCCCGAAUUCUUGCUAACUACCUACGUACAAUGUACGUAAAAUGUGUUUAUGAUGUAAAACAAUUUUUAAAUGAAUAGAAUCUUGUUGCCUAAAUUGACAUUACUGUAUUUUUUACUUUAUUUUUAUGUAAUGAUUUGAAGUUUUAAUAUGUAAUCUUUUGACAUUUUAAUUUUUACUAUUUAUAAUGAUUGACAUGAUGAUUGUAAUAUUAAUUUAGUUUAAUUUAAUCGAAUAAUACAUAAUUAGCUUCUUUGCUUGAAAUU